ACUCUUCCGGAUGUCUCUUUAGUGUAAACUUCCCACGAAAGUCGGUUAAGUAGAUCCAUACAUUUUUGCAGUUUGAGAGCAACUUAAAACCCGUGAGUAAUACAACGAGGGCCUGAGAAGAGAGUAGCAUAUAACUGAAACACACAAAUAAUAUGAGUUACAUAUAUCCCAAGACGUGAGACAGAAACACCCCACAGUACAAAAGAUGUUUCCAGGUUUACAGAUUGUGUUGACACUUCAUGGUUAUUUUCUGUCCUCCGAACCACACGGUUUGGUGGUUGUGUCACGAUGUGAAUGCAUCUCCAAGUGUUUCUUCAACAUGACUUGCCGUUCCUUGUUUUAUCGGACCUCCUCCAAGACGUGUUACCUGUCAGAUGCAGUUUACACUAAGGAUGACCUCCCGGUUUCAUCUGACAUGCAGUAUCUGGUGUGGAAAAGAGAUGGCUGCGGCAAUGGAUACAGCUGGAAUCCAAAACUCCAUCUGUGCUAUAAUGUCCACACAGGCUCACCCAAAUCCUGGACGGAUGCAGAAAACACUUGUAUUCAAGAUGGCGGACAUCUUCUUAAAGUUGACAACCUCGAAACAAAUCUACUAAUGAACCACUUUGCUGUAAAACACGGCGUAUCCAUGUGGCUUGGCGGUACUGAUAUAAAAGAAGAGGGAACGUGGGUGUGGGCAGACAACACCUCAAUUAAAUCCGUUUGGUGGAAUACAGAAGGAGGGCAACCUCAAAGACGCACAGACCAGAACUGUCUUGCACUUGUCCACUCUUCUGACAAUGCUGUGAACAAAUGGCACGAUCAUAACUGUACGAAAGGCCACCGUUAUGUAUGCCAGCUACCAGUGGAGCCAACUCCCUGCUAAAAGUAUACGGGGCGGUGGGGUAGCCUUGUGGUUAAAGUGUUGGCUCGUCACGCCGAAGACCCGGGUUCGCUGUUGGAAU